AUGGCCGACUAUAGUACAGUGAGGCGUAAUGUUGGGGUCAUCAGGCUGCGCAAGCCGCCCCUCAACCCCCUGAGUCACGACGUGCGCGCCGGCAUACUCGAGGGGCUCAAGCUUGCGCAGGAUGAUGAGGCGGUGUCGCUGAUCGUCAUCACCGGGGGAGACAAGGCCUUCAGUGCAGGAGCUGACAUCAAGGAGAUGGCCUCUGCGCAUGCCGUGCGCCGUGAGCCUGACCUGCUCACCGUCGUUGGUGCAAUCGAGGCGUGCACGGUGCCGGUUGUUGCGGCUAUUGGCGGCGUAGCUCUCGGGGGUGGUUGUGAGGUCGCGCUCGCGUGCCACCUGCGAGUGGCCUCUCCAAAAGCAUCCCUUGGCCUGCCAGAGGUGCUCAUCGGACUGCUGCCGGGGGCCGGCGGCACCCAACGCCUCCCGCGCCUCGUCAAGGCCGAGAUGGCGCUGAGCAUGAUCACCACCGGAAAGAUGAUCCCGGCGGCGAAGGCGUUGGAGGCAGGCCUCGUGGACCACGUGGUGGGCGCAAGCGCUCCCGACCUCGUUGAAGCGGCGGUUUCGUUUGCAAGGAGGCGUUUGCCUCAGGUCGCAGGGGGUCUCGACGCUUUGCGUACCGGAGGCAGGCUGCUCAAGGACCCCGUGCCUGUGGUGCUUGCGGUCUGCGACGCCGCUGCCGCGAAGAUCGGUCCUCCCGUACGCGGUGCAGAGCCCAGGUGGUCAUGCGUCGAGGCCCUGAGGGCGGCGGCCGCUGGCGACGGCUUGGCCACGGGGAUGGCGAGAGAGGGGGCGUUGUUCUCGACGUUGAUCCAGUCGCAGCAAUCUCGUGCUCGACGGCACCUCUUCCUCGCCGAGCGCGCGGCCUUCCGGAUCCCCCGCACCCCGGCCGCGCCCCCCAAGGUCCAAUCGGUCGGCGUUAUCGGCGCCGGCACCAUGGGGGCUGGCAUCGCCAUCGCAUUCCUGUUCGCGGGGUUCAAGGUCACCCUGGUCGAUGCCAAACAGGAGAACUUGGACAAGGGGCUCGCCUACCUGCAACGCGGGGUCCUCUCCGCCGCGAGACGAGGCAAGAUUUCGAAGAAGACUGCCGAAGCAACGAAGGCGCUUCUGAACCCAGCCCUCAGCAUCGACGCCACCAAGGACUGCGACAUGACGGCCGUGUUCGAGAACAUGGGCCUGAAGAAGCGGACUCUUCGAAGCAGCUCGACUCGGUGUGUAAGCCAUCCGCCAUCCUCAUGCAGCAACACCUCCACGCUAGACAUCGCACCAGAUUGCAAGGGCAACCACACCGAACCGUCGAGCGUGAUGGGGAUGCACUUCUUCUCUCCGGCGCACAUGAUGCCGCUGGUGGAGUGCGUGAGGGGGGCGGACGCGUCGCCGCUAACCAUCGCCGUCGUCAUGGGGGCCACCAAACGCCUCAAGAAGGUUGGAGUGCUUGUCGGAAACUGUGACGGUUUUGUGGGGAACCGCAUGUUGAAGUGGUACACGGCGGAGACGGAGUUCAUGCUGGAAGAGGGGGCCUCUCCGGUUGAGGUGGACCGGGCGGUCAAGGCCUUUGGGAUGGGGAUGGGUCCGCUCGAGAUGUCGGAUGUGGCAGGAAACGACAUCUCUUACCUCAUCAAGAAGGAGAGGGGUCUUCUGGACCCGGCGAAGCGGAAUCCUCACGAGCGGUACUGCUCUCUGGGGGACAAGCUCGUGGAGGUUGGACGAUACGGACAGAAAACAGGCAAGGGCUGGUACGACUACGAGAAAGGGAGCCGCAAGCCGCUGCCGUCGCCGGAGGUUGCCGCUCUCAUCGAAGCGCAUCGAAAGGAGACCGGCAGCCGGCCUCGAAAAAUAUCCCCCGAAGAGAUCGUAGAGCGCUGUUUCUACGCCCUCAUCAACGAAGGUUUUCGAUGCCUGGAGGAAGGCAUUGCUGAGCACCCCGAUGACAUCGACGUCGUGUGGGUGUACGGCUACGCCUGGCCCGGUUGGAGAGGAGGGCCCAUGUUUUGGGCGGACGAGGUUGGCGCGCGUACGCUAGUCCGGCAGAUGGCCAAGUACCAGGAGCUCCUGCCGAACGUUUCGCACUGGCAGCCCAGCCCGUUGCUCUUGCGUCUGGCUGAGACAGGACAGACCGUUUCCGCCUACUAUGCCAACAAGGCCAUCAACAGCCGACUCUGAUGCUAUUGUAUUCGAUGUCGCGCGUGCGUGUGCGUUUGUAAGGUUUUGGUGCCUAGGACAUGCAGCGAGUUGGUGCGUGUUGAUGAUCGUGUCUAGUCGUUGUACUGUACAGUAGCAGGUUUGGGUGAAGGUGGAACGUCGGGGAUGGGUGAGUGACGGGCUACUCCUUAGACGAUUGACAGGCUUUUGGAUUGUCCUGGCUGCACAAGGCGCGCCCCAAGGGCUGGUCCUGCGUGAUUUGGUUGUGGUACUUGCCUCUGCUGCAUUUUUUGUGGGAAUCUCUCUGACAAACGUACAGGCGACAUGGACAGAAGGUGUAGGAGUUUCUGUAGCGAGCCCAGACCGCACUAAACGAUGGGAAGAUGCCACUACUCCUAGGGGAGCGGGAAACAAAACGGACACAUUUGCUAGUCUACGGUGUACACGAACAAACUACAGUAGGACUACGCUUGCCGCGACAAAACUUGUACAAGUAGUACGGCACAAAUGAGCCUGUCAAGUCGCACGACGGCGUUCACCCAUCCAUGGUCGAGAGAACUCCCGGCGACAGGUUUGGAAGUGCAUCAACCUGCGUUCUACUGCUGUAGUUGACAUCAGCUCGGUGCGAAAGGUGCUGCUGUUGUGCUUGCAAAAUAUGACAAAAUGAUAUUUCUUGUUCGGACAACAUAAUAAGUCAUGUGCUGUUAAAUUCUCGGCACACAGGGAAGACGAAGAAUUGUGCAGCGACCGGAAAAGUCCAUGGAAUCCACUUCCUUCAAGCCCUUGAUAAUACCGAAGGCAUCUCUAGGCAAUGUUAAACCUUCCUGACGCGAUUUCAGAGAACCAACACAACCAACCAGUUGGGUUCCAACUCAGAGUACACAUAAUAGUCAAACGUGGAACUCCCUCGACACACCCUGGCGACAAGGCCUGUUUCAAGCGCCCCCCGCCGAUGUAAGGAAGACCUCCACAUUCCACAACAUUUUCUCGAGCCCACCAGUUUAAACUCACAUACAAGGCCGUCCUUCUUCCCACGGCCCAUCCAUUCCACACGGAAAAAUCGACGAGUUCCAAAAAGCAAAAGGCCGCACAAACGAAGGAUGCGGGUUAGCAUUAUGCCGCUAUCGAGAGGCGUUCAGUAGGCAGGCGUCGUCACCAUGACAAUGCGGUCGGUGCCCUUGCGGCACUGCCACAUACAAACUACCAUCGCCCCUUGUCCACCCGUCCGAUUCCUACCAUUCAGGGUUAGUUUUGUCUUGGCGAAGAAAAAACGCCAAGGGUACGCACGAAAAACCACAAACAGCAGUGUGGCCGUGGCGUGCAUCGCCAAAAUCCCCCAAUUAACCGCACUGCAACGUCUGCAGGGCCACCCCCACUUGCAUGCCUU